AUGCGAUUCCCACAUUCUUCCGUGUGAUCGUCUCACCAAACCCCGAUGAUUCAGCCCUCGUGUGGAGCCUGACCGCUCCGGACUCUGAGCCUCAGCCUCGAUCGUUAGAAAUAUGCAAAUGUUUCGGUUCUUUUCCCACUUGAGCAAUAAGGUGAGUCGGCUGAACCGUAGGGAGUGGCCUGCCUCAUGGGCGUUUCUGAAAAACACAACCUGAACUCGAAGAUAUAAAACCUGGGCUCCGGGCGACUUCAGGCAUAUCCGACUCACUGAGAGCUCCGAGACCGCCACACUAAAAAAACCCCGACGACAUGUACACACGGUCAAACAGCGUGACUCUGACCGUUCGGCAGGAGAGCUUCGCCUUCUCCAGGACGGCGACGCGCAGCACGCAGCCGGAGGUCUUCACCUUCGAGCGGCUACCGGCUCAGGCCAGCGCCCUGCGCUCCUACGUGCCCAUUCGGCCGAAGAAGCGCUGCACCCGGGUCAUGUACCCCGCUAAAGUCCGCAUGCACCUUCCCCCGCCGGAGAAGAGCCAGGCCAAGCGCUGGCUGGUCAUCCUGUGCCUGGUGGUGCUGUGGCAGAUCUACACGGAGGAGCCCUGCGCCGAGACCCCGCUGGGCAGCGCGGACGCCCCGGUCGCCGACUACCAGGGCUUCCCCUUCCAGUCUGCGGAGGAGCAGGCCGCGCAGCUUGCAGAACUCGGCGCCGGCUCCGAGGUGCAUUCGGCCGCGCCGAGCAGCUGCGAGCAGGACGGCGGCUCAUCCGGCGAGCAGAUCAUCCCGAACACCACCUGUUCCAGGUCCGGCCAGGAGCCAGACAGCAGCCCGUCGUUCGAGCAGAGCGCUGGGAAAAGCUACAUGGUGGCUCUGCUGGUCUACCACAGGCUGGGCAGCGACAACUAAGAGUCCCGGCACUGCUGUGACCCUGAACCGCCCGAGUCUGGGCUUCUGGGAUCAAGAACGAACCGAGCCGGAGUCGGUCCCGCUUUGCCUCUGGAGACCAGCGCUGAGCCCCGCGCGGCGAAGCCGAGGAGGGAGCUCCAUGCGCCGUCUCCACCGUGCCAGCAGUCCCCCCGAGAGCUGAGGGGGGACACACAAUCUGGAGAGGGAAGGAAGGAAGAAAGAAAGGAAGAAAGAAAGAAAUGUGAACACUUGCAAAAAACUGAAACUUGAACUAAAGACAAACUUGAAUUUUCCUCUGUGUGAUUUACACAUAAACUCUAACUGCACUUAAAGGCCUCGGGAUAAACUGGAUGUUUUCCAAGUUUCAUUCUGUCACUCAUGUAGCUCAACGAGCUAAAACUGACACUGUCUGCUGUUUGUUUAAAUGUCCUAUUUAGUUAUUUAUUCUAUUAUUUGCUAUUUAUUGAAUAAUAAUUUUGAUUAAUAAAAUGUCUG